CCUAAACCUCUUGAUCAGCCGUUGAUGUCUAAUUUUAUGCAUAAUCAUUCGACGCAAUGCCAUCUCUGAAUGAUGCCGUGCUCGACACACCUCUUGCAAAAAGGCAGAAAAGAACAAGUGACCAGGAUACUGGGAAGCCAUCCCAGACACUCGGUUCUAAAAUCUUUUCCUCAUACCGGGCACUAGGAUUAGUAUCCACCAAUGUCCCCUUUACUUGUGUUCGUUUGGGGAAAGCGACAUUCCAGAUUACCACGUCUGUCGGGCACAGCUUGCAAACAUAUGAUCUGAAACGAGGGCUUAGUCUGGUUUUUAUAAGCAGACCUCAAACUCCGGAAAUCAUCACUGCUACUGUCGCCUGGCAGGACAGAGUCUUUGCAGCAUGGGGAAAUCUUCGUCCUGGCUGCAAUGGAGGAAUUUGGGUUUUCAAGCGCGGUAAAAAGGUUGCGUCUUUAGAAUUGCCUUCAGGAUUUUCCGAGCCGAUCGAGCGGUUACUUGUUUUCGGUUCAUGGAUCGUCGGUUGCAGUAGCAAGUGCAUCCAGGUGUGGAAAAACCCAUCAUAUGAACAUUACACCACGCUUAGCCCUCAAGGUAACAAGGGCUCGUUAGAGGAACCGGUGUAUACUGGGCAAAUCUGCAACAUGCCCACGUAUCUCAACAAAGUGUUCGUCGGCCGUUGCGAUGGAAAGGUUGAUAUAUGGAAUGUUAAAACAGGAAGGAUGAUAUACUCGGUAUUACCAGUGACUCCGCUAGCCGGCCCUGUUACUGCUAUUCAACCGAGUCCUGUGCUGUCUCUUAUUGCCAUCGCCCACAAGAGUGGAGCAUUAUCAAUCUCCAACGUUGAAACGGGCCAGCUUGUUAUGUCUUUGCGAACAGACUCCCCUCAGCUUCCAAGUAUCACAUCUAUUGCCUUUCGGAAUGAUGGCCUAGGUGCAGGCGAACAUGGUCAGAGUCCCGGCGCUAUGGCAACGGGUUGCAUGGAUAAUGGAGAUGUUACCAUAUGGGAUCUGAACAACGGAGGGAAGGUGAUGGGUGUUCUUCGCCGGGCACAUAGAACUUCCGCAAAUGAGACCGGGUCAGGAUUAAAUAACAUACAAUUCCUGGAUGGUCAACCGGUGAUGGUCUCAUCUGGAGGAGAUAAUUCGCUCAGGACUUGGGUCUUUGAUCAAUCUCCAUUCUCAUAUAUUCCCAGGCCUCUGCAUUCAAGGAGUGGACAGUCCGCGCCAAUUACCGCCCUUAACUUUUUGCCUUCGGCAUCGGAUGGCUCUGAGUCAAGUGGUAAAUGGCUGCUAAGCGCGAGUAAAGACUGCAGUCUUUGGGGCUUCAGUGUCCGGAAGGAUAGCCAAAACAGCGAGAUUUCUCAGGGGGCUGUUGAGAGCAAAACCAAACGCAAAGUCCCUUCCAGUGAUGCUACUGGAACCCCCCAAACGAACAUGCAAAGCGACUUCAGAGCACCGGAGAUAACUUGCAUCGCCUGCUCUCUCAACCGCGAUGGUGGAAUGGGGGUUACGACAUCCGGCCCAGUUUGGGCAAACCCGAAAGUGACAAGGACGGACGAUUCUAGCAAGACAGGCUGGGAAAGCAUGGUGACUGGCCACCGAGGAGAUAAGUAUGCUCGGACGUGGUUUUGGGGGAAAAAGAAAGCCGGGCGAUGGGCGUUUGAAACCAGUGACGGAACUGAGGUCAAGAGUGUUGCCAUUUCAUGUUGUGGAACAUUUGCAUUGCUAGGGUCGGCUGGGGGUUGCAUUGAUAUGUUUAACAUGCAAUCUGGUUUACACCGACAGAGCUUUCCAGCCUGCAGCUCGAAAGGUGAUUUGAGCAAUAAAUUCAGCUAUUUACAUUUCUCGAACAAUGAAGAUAUGAAGCACACAAAAGCGGUCACGGGUCUGCUAAUUGACGGCCUGAAUCGAACUGUUGUCAGCUGUGGACUCGAUGGUAAAGUGAAGUUCUGGGAUCUCGUUGCUGGACUGCUUAUCGAUCAACUUGACUGGUCUCCCAUGACUUCCAUCAAUGGACUCCGGAGCAAUCGCACAAAUGAGCUUGUUGCAUUCAGCUGUGAUGAUCUUUCAAUCCGCAUUGUCGACGUCGAAACUAGGAAAAUUAUCCGCGAAUUCUGGGGUUGUGUGGGUCAGAUCAAUGAUUUUACGUUUUCGAACGACGGUCGCUGGAUCAUUGCUGCUUCCAUGGACUCUACAAUUCGGGUGUGGGAUUUGCCAACCGGACAUCUCAUUGAUGUCUUCCGGCUUUCAGACACAUGCACUUCCCUGGCAAUGUCAUCAACAGGCGAGUUCCUAGCUACUGCCCAUGCGAAUGGCGUGGGCAUAAGCCUUUGGUCUAACAAGAGCUUGUUCAUACCAAUCUCAACUCGAAAUGUGGACGAUGGGAACGUCUUGGAUGUCAGUGUCCCUGCCUCGUCUGGUGAAAGUGGUCCCGGUGUUAUUGAAGCUGCAUUUUCGGACGAACUCGAACAACCUGAAGUAGACGGCCCAUUACCAUCCAUUGAACAGCUCGAUGGAGGUAUGGUCACGCUAAGCGUCGUUCCCAAGAGCAAAUGGCAGACCUUGCUUAAUUUGAACUUGGUGAAGGAACGGAAUAAACCGAAAGAACCGCCAAAAGCUCCUCAAAAGGCGCCAUUCUUCCUACCAGCUACUUAUGAGCAAACAAUCCCGGAUAAUGAUGAUUUGAAGACAUCAACAGAAGUAACAGUUGCUGAGCGCUCGCGUAUCUCGAAGAUGCAAAGUCUUAGAGACCCCACUGUUUCAGGAACGCGUUUUAGCAAUCUCUUGCAUUUGGGACAUGUGUCCGGGGAUUUUAACACCUUCAUUGACUACCUAAAAAACAUGCCCCCUGCAAAGGCAGAUCUUGAAAUUAGGUCCCUAGAUCCACAGGUCCGAGAAGAUUACUGUGAGUUGACUGUUUUCGUUUCCGCGCUCUCUAGCCGUCUAGAUGUGAGAAAGGAUUUUGAACUUGUCAAUGCCUGGAUGGCAGUCUUUCUGAGGAUACAUGCCGAUGCUGUGGCGGAAUGCUCGAAGUCAGACGCAGAUAAGCCCAAUAAUCUCAGGGUUGCACUUGCUGCAUGGAGUCAAUCAUUACAGCGAGAGGCAGAGCGUUUGGCUAGACUAGUGGGAUACUGCCGAGGAGUUGUUGGCUUUUUGCGGUCUACUCAAUGAGAUUUUGCGUCUCAGUAAUUAUUUAGAUUACAUAUAUCCUCACAUCUGUUUUUUGUGCGUGAUAAAGGGAAAUGCAAUUGGAAGUGAGAGCAAACACUGCAAACAUGGUAGUUAUUGCUGCGAAAGGUGUUCAAAUAUAUUAGAGGACCUUCUGAGUGCAUGCUUCACAGGAGGCAAAUAGUUUUG